AUGAAGUUAAAGCUUAUAAUAAAUGGAUGCGAGAGUCCAGAAGAUUACAAACUGCUGAGUACUGCGAUUUCAAAUGUAGCAUCGCUGAGACAGACAGCUGUUUUAAGGUUCAAUAGUGAGAAAGUAGUUUUUAUUUCUACACCCAAGUCAUUAUCUGGCAGCAGUAGUACAAUACUACAAGAUGACAGCAGUCAGUUAUGGUGCACUAUACCUAUGGAUGUAUUCAAGCUCUAUAACGUUGUUUCCGUGCGAGAACAAAACGCAAUAACCAUGGAAUACAAUUGUGAAUAUUUACAAAGCGUAUUCAAGAGGUACGACCGUGCGAUGAACCAAGGGAGUGGCUCUGACAUGACCAUUAAGUUACAAGCGAUUCCGGAGACAAAGCAAGAACCGCAAAAAGAUGGUAGUCGUACGCCCAAACGGAACACCCUUUGUACUUUACGUGUCACCUUUGAAGAGAUAAUACAUACACAAGCUGUGGACUCAACUGUUGAUCACGGUUCAAGCGUAUCAACAAACAUGCUUGAAAAUAGUAAAACAGUGAUGCACUCUUUUGAAGUGCCUGUAAAAAUGCUUUUUCGGGCUCAAGAUGCAAGAAUAUUAGAACCCUCCAUCGAUUAUUCAAAAAUACAAAUAGAUAAGUUGCCUCCCUUCACAAGUUCAUUCGGACCAUCCUUUCUGAAUUUUAUGAAGAGAAUUGAAAGAUACAACAGCGUCAAACAUGUGAAACUCAGUGCGUUACGAAAGGAAGAUGAGGAAGAAGGCUAUCAAGAUCAGCUCAGAAUGAUAGUCGAAGGGGCUGCAUGGGAUUCAGAAAUCGCCUGGAAUGGAGUCCUGGAUCCCGUAGCACCAUCUGGAGCAGUAUCUGAUAUGUCACAAAGAUCCGACUUGGAUAAAAUCGACGCAGAUAGGCAGGAACUACUCGACGAUGAAUACGAAAGCAUGAGAGUUGAAGAUAGUGAAAUGACAGGAAAUAUUGCACAUGAAUCAGAUGUCCAGUUGAAUGACAUAUCAGUAAUGGUUGAGAAAGCCGAAAAAGAAAGCAUACACUUACAUGAAGUUUUCAUACAACCCAAAGACUGGAGAGUUUGUCAUAGGCUUUAUAUCGCAUUUGAAGAAGUCAUCUUGGCAAUAUCUCAUGAUCAAUCUUGCGUUUUACAUUGUUCUCUUGACAGGAGUGUCUUUAACGACGAUGAUAAUGAUGAUGAAAUGGAUACGAAAGCCAGAGAAAGAGGUCAAAUCGUUUACUAUAUGCUUCGAUCGAAGCGGCUAUAA